AUGGCCAGUGAUCGACUAGCAUCAGGCUCAAAUAUCAGUCAGAUCAAGAUCUGGGACACAGUCACGGGCAGAUGCAUGCAGACACUUGAGGGACAAGGUUAUGAUUAUUCGGUUGAAUCUGUAGCCUUCUCAGCAACUGGUGAGCGACUGGCAUCAGGCUCAUGGGAUGGUGUCAUCAAAAUCUGGGAAACGGCCUCGGGAGAUUGCGCGUGGAGAAUCCAGGGCCACAGUCAUUCAAUCAAGUCAGUAGCCUUUGCAGAAAGCGGUGAUGACCUUGCAUCGGGCUCCGACGAUUGCACUAUCAAGAUUUGGAACACGGCCACGGGGGGUUGCAUACAGACGCUCACCAUCGGCACUUCCAUAAGCCACCUACUUUUUGAUCCUACUUCUACAUACCUUCUCACUGAAAUUGGGCGUAGUAGGGUUGAUCUACUUCCCUUUCCAGCAGUGACUUCACAGGCUAGAGAUAUGACCGACACUCGGGCUACUGCUCCAGUCAGCGAUUCAGUUGUCCACUACACGGAGACAAAGGUUUACGGCUACGGCCUGAGCCCGGACCAUAUCUGGAUUGCGCGUGAUGGUCAAAAUUUCCUUUGGCUACCGCCAGAAUUCAGGCCCAUGUGCUCUGCCGUACAGGGUCAGAUGGUUGCCAUCGGUUGUCAAUCGGGCCGAGUCCUCAUUUUCGGCUUCUCGCCAGACGCAUAUGCCGCUGGCAAUUAA